CAUACACUCACCAGCCUCUUAGCCGCUCCUCAUUCUGCUUUUGGGAAUUUGGAAUAAAUAACCCAAAUUACUUAUAAACCGGUGUUUGAACUCUCUCAACUUCAGACUUUAAUGGGUCGCUCGCGUGGAAAUUUUCAAGCUGACGAAGAUCCCACACAAAGAUCAAGAAGAAAAAAGAAUGCCUCAGGUGGAGAAAAUUUAGAAUCUGCAGCCACAGGUCAAGGAACAAGUGAGGGGAAAAGGGCUUUGUACCACUGCAAUUAUUGCAACAAAGAUAUAACAGGGAAAAUUCGUAUCAAGUGUGCUGUAUGUUCUGAUUUUGACCUCUGUAUCGAGUGCUUCUCUGUUGGUGCUGAGGUGAAUCCUCAUAAGAGCAAGCAUCCUUAUAGGGUUAUGGACAAUUUGUCUUUCCCACUUCUCUGUCCAGACUGGAAUGCUGAUGAAGAAAUGUUGCUUCUAGAGGGGAUUGAAAUGUAUGGCAUAGGGAACUGGCCAGAAAUUGGUGAUCAUGUUGGGACAAAGAGUAAAGAAGUUUGUGUCAAACAUUAUACAAACGCAUACAUGAAUUCCCCAUACUUCCCUCUUCCGGACAUGAGUCAUGCAGCAGGGAAAAAUAGAAAGGAACUCCUUGCUAUGGCUAAAGGGAACGGUGAAGACCAAAAAGGACUUUCUUCGCUUGGGGAACUUACACUGAAGGAUGAAUCUUCAUUUUCCUUGAGAGUCAAAACUGAAGAUUCACAUAAAGGAGGUACUCCAGGCCGUUUAUUGUCUGGCUCAAAUGUUGGGACAACUGCUGUUAAGAAGGCAUCUAACAUGGCCCAAGUCAAGGAUCAAGCUGAUUCUAUAAAACUUGAAGAACAUAUAUCAGGCAAGAGUUUUGGGGGUAAUAAACCUAAAUCGUCAAGGGAUGAGGGACCGUCUUUGAUAGAGUUAAGUGGUUAUAACCCCAAAAGACAUGAAUUUGAUCCUGAAUAUGAUAAUGAUGCUGAGCAGUCGCUAGCUGAUAUGGAAUUCAAGGACACUGACACAAAGGAGGAACGGGAGCUGAAGUUACAGGUGCUCCGUAUCUAUUCAAAGAGGCUUGAUGAGAGAAAACGCAGGAAGGAUUUUAUUUUAGAAAGAAACUUGCUCCAUUCAAAUCCCUUUGAGAAGGACCUAUCUCAAGAAGAGAAGGCUAUAUGUCGGCGUUAUGACGUCUUCAUGCGUUUUCAUUCCAAGGAAGAACAUGAAGAAUUGCUUAAGACUGUUAUCUCAGAGCACCGGAUACUAAAAAGGAUUCACGAGCUUUCGGAAGCACGAGCUGCUGGUUGUCAUUCGUCAGCUGAUGCUGAUAGAUAUCUUGAACAGAAAAGAAAGAGGGAAACUGAAGAAAGUGGUCGCAAAAAGGGAAGUGUUCAGGCUGGUGCAAAUGGUCAGGGUGGUCUAAAUAUGCCUACGCCCUCAGACUCUCUUGAUACAUAUUCAAAUUCAAGAACUGCAGGCCAGACAAGUUUGAGCUUUCUGAGUGAUGUAGAUAUUGUGGCAUUUCCUGGGGCAGAUCUACUGUCUGAAUCUGAGAAACGACUAUGUCGUGAGAUCAGUUUACCACCCCCACAUUAUCUUAAGAUGCAAGAAUAUAUGACAAUUCAAAUCUUCAGUGGAAGUAUUACUAAGAGAGGUGAUUUGUAUCCCUUAUUCAAAAUUGACCCGACCAAGGUUGAUAGAGUUUAUGAUAUGCUGGUGAAGAAGGGGAUUGCUCUACCAUGAAGACAUAUUUGUAGCUCCAUCAUGAGAUCUUAGUCUCAUACGUUUCUUUGUACUUUUUCCCUUAAAUGUAUUUUGGGUUGUCGAAAAUGAAUGGAACAUAUUUAUAUUGAAUUCAGAUAAGAGAGAGAAUGGUGAACAUUGACUUGCCAGCUUUCUUUCUGUUCGGUUCUG